UUGCUAGCCAAGUCUGUCUGUCUGUCUGUUGUUAGCCGUGUGAGUGUUUGUCUGAGUUUUGCCUCUGCCUUUCCCUAGUGUCUCCGUUUUCCCUCUGUCUGACACUCUUUUCUCUGUCCGUCUGCCUAGCUGUCCGGUGCCCAUCCGUUUCUGGCUCAAACCCAGAUUCCUACCUAGGUUCGACUCGACUUUCGUGAUAGGCUGCUUUUCCUGAUCAACAAUCUGGAUCGCUGCCGCCAUCGCCAGACACCACGUCCAACACCACCUGUUGACACUGAUCCCACAGCGUUACUGUCUGCACUUUACUCUCUGCGCUGCAGCUACUUUAUUGCUCCGACACUAGUCUGAUAUCAAAAAUAUAGCACAGUGGUUAUUCAACAAAAUUUUGCAACUGGGUUCUUCUCAUAUCCAUAUUCUUCUCGUCAUCAACAACAUCUGAGUCCCAUAGUCAUUUCCCAGCAUCGUCAACUGCCACGUUCACUGACAGAUUCUGACCUUUUCUACGAACCAAGUCCCACUUUUCCACCAGCCUCAGAAUUUUUGCCAGAUGUCUCACAACCACAAUUUGUCCAUUAACCUGGUCAAUUCUCUAAUAGAACCUACAACUCCGCCAAACCUCGUCCAGAGACAUACCCGUUCCACACUGGUGCUUUCUGGCCUGGGCGGCUCAGGUGCGGUAGGCUCUUCUGUUGCUACGCCUUUCCAUCACACAAAAUCUGGCUCUCUUUCUGGCUCCAACCUUUUAUUUGCUGGUCCCCAGAAUUUCAACAGUAAUAUCCAUGUCAACGCCAAUGCUGCCAGCAGUAGUGCCGGCGUUAACGGUGGCGUUAACGGUGGCGCUAACUCUAGUGCCAACCCUCAUGCUUCCGCCAACAGCCGUGGUCAAAAUAAAAUUGAUAAAGACUAUAUUGCCUCUAUCAGCAAGGUUCCGUUGGUUCAGUUGAAGCUGGAUAUUCUCAGGCUCUCCAAAGACCAAUAUGGGUGUCGUUUUCUACAAAAGAAAAUAGACGAGAACUUGAUUCCUAACUACCAGACCAGACUCAACAACUUCGAAGUUAUCUUUGCCCAGAUCCACCCUUAUCUCUAUGAGUUGAUUAUCGACCCGUUUGGCAAUUAUUUGAUCCAGAAAUUGAUCGUCUACUGCAACGAGUCGAAUCUUAACCUCAUAUUGCAGAUCUUGCAGUACAACUUGUUCCAGAUCCUGAUCAACCAGCAUGGAACAAGAGCUCUUCAGAAGAUAAUCGACAAUUUGAACAAUCAGUACCAGUUAAAUUUACUCAUCAAGGGUAUGAAACCGUACAUCAUUGAGCUUAUCAAGGAUCUCAACGGAAACCAUGUUAUCCAAAAGAUCCUCAACAAGUACCCACCUCUGGACUGUCAGUUCAUCUACGACUCAAUCAUCGAAGGAUUGUACGUUGUAGCUCUGCACAAGCAUGGCUGUUGCGUCUUACAGAAGUGCUUGAACCAUGUGACUAUGACCCAGUUGCAGGAGUUCAGUGCUUGUAUUUUGGACUUUGCUAACUUCCAGUUGUUGAUCAACGACCAGUUUGGGAACUACGUAUUGCAGUAUCUCAUUCUGAUCAACUCAUUUGAGAUCAACUACAAGAUCUUCCAGAACUUCUUGCAGUUUGGAAUUAACAACUUGUGCAACUUGAAGUUCUCAUCUAAUGUCGUUGAGAAGUUCUUGAAGAAUUGCUACAACAAUGAAGCUUACAACGGCGUAACCGCUGUCAACUUCUCGAACUUAAAGAUGGAGUUGAUCUACAACAUCUUGAUCAACGACUUGAACAAGCUCAUCAACGACCCCUACGGUAACUACGUCAUUCAGACCUUGAUCGACAUUUUGAUCAACCAGCAAGUCCCUAGUGGAAAAAUUGAAAAAUUGUCGUUGUUGUUGCCAGCACAGGAACCUAUUGAGGACGAUUCACAGUUGCAAGUUGUCAUAAUCAAAUACUGGUUUCUGAACUGUAAGAUCGUAUCGUCCUUUGGCAAGAGGAUCCAGUCCAAAAUCAACUCUAUCGUCAACGACAGAAACCACGUGCAUUCUGUUGGAACUAAUUCGAGCAACAAGCCAUUCCAGCAUAACAUGAAUCAGAACUCGUACAGACGUAACCUUUCCAUCUCAUCAGAC